UGAAGCGAGACAUUCAAAUUUGACAUACAUACAUAUGCACAACUCGAAAUUGGAUCCGUUGGGAAUUCUUGCGUUGGUUCUUUUCUGUUGGUUUACUCACUAGAUGAUCUUGAGUUGGAUGAAAGCGAAACAGCCCCAUGCUCAAUUGUGUUUCGUUUUUGUUUAUGAAUAGGGCAUCAGCAAUGUAGAAGAUCUUUACACAUCUGUGAUUUACUUGUCUGACGAAAAAAUGAGCCUCUUUCCCUGCACCACUAACUGAAUGAGACCAAGAGCUUCUGAGUGUCUUAUCAUUUCUACUCCUUCACUCUCGAUCCAAGCGUUGUAGUCAGACGACUUGGAGUUCAAAGAGAAAAAGACUCUCUUCUGUUGAAACGAAGUUGACCGAUUGGAAUUAUUCGAUAUAAUGGUCUGACAGGUCUGGGAUAAUCAACAAUCCAGAGAAGGAUUAUUCGACAGUAGUGUUGUUGAAAAGCUUGUCCAUCGCUGUGUUGAUGUUGAUUUUCCCCCAAAUUCCCGACAGUUGGAGGGAGAAACCCAUCGUGUAAGGAGCAAGAAACAGCGCUCUAGGAACUGGACGCGCUCAAACAGAGACACCAAGCCAUUCAUCCAUCCAGCCAUCGACGUAAAGUGAUCAUGAAAACAUUCGAAAAGUAUACCCCACUCUUUUUGAUUCUUUCAAUUCUCGUCAUGUCCAACCUGACCUGGGCAUGUCGGAGGGCUGAUCCUCCCAAAUCCAAAUCGUCGAGCAUGCCCUUGGAAGAUGACCAGAAAAAGAUCAUUGUCAAAGAGUCGGAAGACUCAGAUAUUGAUCCUGAUGAAACCGAGGAAGACACAGCUCAUGAUGACCAAGACUUUGAUUUGAUUUGUGAGGGAUAUGUGCCUCCAACUAUGACUCAACACUUGCCUCAAGUCAUCAUCAUUGGCGCCAAGAAGGGUGGUACCAGAGCUUUGAUCGAAUUUUUGAAGCUCCAUCCCCAACUGAAGGCGGCUGGACCGGAAAUCCAUUAUUUCAACAAGAAUUACGACAAAGGCGUUGAUUGGUACAUUUCCCGAAUGCCCCCGGCGGAGAAGAACAAUCUAGUCAUGGAAAAGACUCCCGGUUACUUUCAUCACCCGCAAUCUGCCCAACGUUUGUACGAAACUACCAAGGACUCGAAACUGUUGCUGAUCCUCCGGGAUCCCGUGAAACGACUCGUGUCGGACUAUAAUCAAUUCAGGUCGAAGAAUCUAGCUGAGGGUAAGACCUACCCGAUGUUGGAGGAACUUGUCUUCAAUAAGGAUGGAUCCGUAGAUAUCACUUACCCGCCUUUGCAACGCUCCAUAUAUCAUCAUCACAUUUCUCGUUGGUUCAAAUAUUUCCCUAAGGAGCAGAUUCAUAUCGUCCACGGCGAAUCCUUUAUCAAGGAACCUUGGAGCGAACUUCGCAAAGUGGAGCAAUUCCUCGAUGUCCCCACCGUCAUUACCGAGGACAAUUUUUUCUUCAACCAAACCAAGGGCUUCUAUUGCGGAAAAGAGAUGCGAACCACAGGCGUUUGGGAUUGUGUUAAACGAAAAUGUCUGAGCAAAUCCAAAGGCCGUCCCAAGCCACCGUUGGCCGAGGGAACGUUAGACAAAUUAUACAGAUUCUUUGCCGAGCAUAACAAGAUCUUCUACGCCCUUGUUGGGCACGAUUAUGGCUGGAAACCCAAGGAAUAGCCGUGAAAGUGUUAUCAUGGCUUCCCUCGGUUUCCAAUGCAGCCAGAGACGAGGAACCUUGUGCAAACAUGAGCACGUUCCACUCCCUACGCCAUUAAUUUCCUCCUGAAUUUGAAUGAGGUUGCCUUUAUUUUACAAAGGCUUGUCCUAUUUGAUACUCGUACUAUCGUAUGAAUAAAAGAUUGGCAUAUUAAUGAUGCGAAAUUGUCUUAUCCAAAACUCUAUUAACAUUUUGUAAGUAAGGAUAUUGAGCAUCUUUCAACUUUGAAUGACAACGCUCAAUAAAUCAAUCCUGUUGGAUGCUCCUUCGGAACUCGAUCAAAAUUGCAUGGUAAUUACUUGGUGAAUAUCAGUUCCCGACUUUUUUUCCUUUUAG